CUUAUAUAUAUAUAUAUAUAUAUUUGUGUGAUGAUUUGGUGAUUGAUACUUGUUAUUUAGGUUACCCAUUUAAUCGUAACAUUAGAUUUCUGAGCUAUUUUAUUGUGAAUUUUGAGAAAUGACAUCUUUUUUGGAAAGUUUACAAUCUUCAACAUGCGUAUGGUUCGAAAUAGGCAACAAACGAAAUGUAUUGGUGUCUAUGUUCGCCGGAACAUUGUUUUUUGUAGGAUGGUGGUUUAUUAUUGAUGCUCAUGCAAAGUAUCCUAAUGAAAUGGCAAAGGCAUAUCAUGUAUGUGGAAUAUUUGGAACUAUAUCUUUAUUUAUGAUAAAUUCUGUAACGAAUGCACAAAUGAGAGGUGAUGCACUUAAUGGUGGUUAUCUUGGAGCUAGAGGUGCAAGAGGUUGGUUAUUUGUCGGAUUUGUAAUGGGAUUUGCUGCAGUUAUUGCAGCUUGUUGGAUUUUAUUUGCAGAUUUUGUAGCUGCAGGAGCUCAACAUCAUUGGCCUGGUGUAGGUCUCUUUUUACAAAAUGUUAUUUUUUUGGGAUCUCUUACUUAUAAAUUUGGACGAUCAGAAGAACUAUGAGAUUAUUCAACAUUUGUACAUUACAAGCAUUUUUACAUAUUUGUGCAUAAGUUUUUUGUUCUAUUUUAUUUUCAAAUAGAACAUUUAUUGAGGAACAAAUACUUACACACAUUGUACUGUGAAUUAUAUUAGUUCAUUAUAAAA